AUGAUUAUAAACGGGGAAGGCGGUAGUGGGAAAAGUUGGCUUAUUGAUCACUUGGUAAAAGAUACCCGCUGCGUUUUCAGGGAUCUUCCUUCAAGUCACUCCCAACGGAUUCUCCUACUUGCUCACCAAGGUACUGCAGCUUUUAAUAUUAAGGGGCAAACAGUGUGUUCUGCACUAGGGUUUUCAUCAUUUUCCCGAACCGCGUUUUCAACCCCUUCCACGUCACUCACCUCGCAGAAGCACGGUGCAAAUAAGCUUAAAAACCUUCAACAGAGAUACAAGGAUGUACAUUUAGUGAUUAUCGAUGAGUUCAGUGUCAUAUCUUGCGGAAUGUUAUACUGGAUUGACCAACGAAUGCGGGAGAUUUGGCCUCAGCAGCGCAACCCCGUUGUUCCGUACGCACUGGCUACACCGCUAGAGCAGGUAUACAAUGAAGUGCAGCGUAAAGGGCGUGAGUUAUGGGAAGGAAUAUCUAACGCGCUUGCGCAGUCGUAA